CUCGGAAAGGGGCUUGAAAUACAGUGGAAGCUGGCGAAACCUCAGUAUUUCCACGGCAACCUGGAAUUUCCGCAGUCUUUCAGGCUGUCUCGCCGUGCGGGGAACCACUCGGCUCCCAGAAAGGGAUGGAGUCAGCUGUCAGGGUAUUAGCAAUCUGGGCUUUGUCUUGGCUGCUGGCAGGAGUUGUCCAGGCCGCUGCAGAGAGUGGAGGUUUCUGCUGGACCUAUGAAGGCCCCUCGGGACCAGAGAACUGGAAAACGGAAUAUGGACAUUGCGGGGAGCGAUGGCAGUCUCCAGUUGAUAUCGAUACGGAUAUUGUCACCUUUGACCCGUCCCUGACACCGGUCCGAUUAAAGGGAUACAGCGAACCGGAGGGGGAAGCGUUCACCCUCUCAAACACCGGCCACACAGUGCAACUGACCCUACCCACAGCCAUGCACAUCUGCAGUCUCCCCAUGGCCUACACAGCUACACAGAUGCACUUUCACUGGGGGAGCGUGGAACAUCCCCAGGGAUCGGAACACCUCGUGGAUGGAGAGAGAGCUCAGGCUGAGGUCCAUGUCGUUCACUACAAUUCUGAGAAAUACCGGAAUGUGUCGGAGGCCAUGAGCGAGGAGGAUGGAUUGCUGGUCCUGGGAAUUCUCAUGGAGGUUGGACAAAAUAUAAACCCAGCUUAUGAAAAUAUUCUCAGGCACCUCGACUCUAUACCACAUUCAGGUCAGGAGGUCAAGAUUCCUUCCUUCGAUGUCCACUUGCUGUUUCCCAAACAGUUGGAUGACUACUUCACGUACAGCGGUUCACUGACCACCCCACCUUGCUUCCAGUCUGUCCAAUGGAUCCUCUUCCAUCAGCGAGUACAGCUCUCCCAGUCACAGUUUGCGGCCUUUAAGACCAAAUUGUUCAGAACGGGACCUGACGUUGCCGCGAAGCAGCCCCUGGUCAACAAUUUCCGAAUAGCUCAGCCCCUCAAUGACAGAAAGAUCCGAGCUUCCUUCUCAAUGGGUUGGGCCGUCAACUUCCGCAAGGCGAUGCGUCACUUUCUGAAAACCCUGUCAACAAGAUUCCACCAGUAGGCGCUCAUGCUCCCUCAACACAGUCGCCUUUGAGCCUCUCGACAUCUACUGCAUCACUGCUGUGAAAUGAAGAAAACCUUCUCUCCUCCCAAACCUCCAAACCACCUCUGAUAGGCCAACUUCACGCGAGAGCAACCCGUCUCAGCCACCGGCUUUGGUUUUCCCUGAGCUUGAAUCCGGGAGUCUCCCCGAUCCCGUCAUCGGUUCCCACCCCGGACGCCAACGGAUCUCUCCAAUGAAGAAACGCUUCAGAAAGGCGGCUUGCGAUCUUCAGCGGAGAAUGCUCGUGGCUGGAUGCCACCCUUCCUGACAACCCCGGACAGUAGCUGUUCCCACAAUCGCCGCUGCGGAUCGGCCUUCCUGGGAAUUAACCCAAGGAAUCCCCAGCCGACCGCUCAGAUCCCGCGUGGCUGCCUUCAAACUCUCUCUCCCACAGGCCGAGGUCCUCAGCUGCUUCAAGAAGACCGCCAUCAUCCCUCUACCCAGGAAAGCACACACAAUGGGCCUUAAUGUCUACCGCCCAGCGCCUCUGAUGUCAAUAGUCCUGAAGUGCCAUGACCCACAUCGCCUCGAUCCCCUACAGCUUGCCUAACAGGUCCACAGCGGACACCGUAUCCCCAGCCCUGCACUCCCCCCUGGAACGUACGGCCUACAAAGUCACCUACAUCAGACUCCUGUUCAUCGACUAUAGCUCCAGCAUCCUUCAACGCCAUUGUCCCCUCCAGACUGAUCUCGAAACUCCGGCACCUAGGUCUCAACUCUGCCCUCUGCAACUGGGUCCUCAGCUUCCUGACCCAUAGGCCGCUAUCAGUGAAGACAGGCAACUGCAUCUCCUCCAGGAAAGCACUCAACACUUGGGGCCGACCCUCAGGCACAACAACGCCUCUUCUUCCUUUGAAGGCUCAGGAAAUUUGGGAUGUCCAUAAGGUGCUUCACCAACUUCUACAGAUGCCCCAGUGAAAGCAUAUGGUCCUGGUACGGCAACUGCUCUGCCCAGGACCAUAAGUAACGACAGAAGGUGGUGUGUGCCGUCCAGACCAUCACGGAAGCCAACCUCCCAUCCAUGGACUCCAUUUACACGGAUCACUGCCAUAGGAAGGCUGCCAACAUCAAAGACCCAUAGCCCCCACCCAAUAACGACCUCCUACAACCUCUUAGGUCAGGCAGAAGCCUGAACACGCACACACCAGCAGGUCCCAGCUGUUAUUAGACUGAUGAAUGGACUCUAUAACCUUAAGUGACACUGAUCUUGCUAACGUUAAUCUUGCCUAAUGCACGGGCCAUGUGAUGUAACGUGUAUACGUCUGUCUAGUGUGUUUUAUUUCACCCCAUGAUCUGUAUGUCUCACUUACUGUAUGACUCGCAAACAAAGUGUUUCACUGCGCUUAGGUGAUAAUAAAUCAAUCAGCUAUUAAGAAGAUCCGAGCCUACGAUUCGCCCCCCACCCCCACUACGCUAUCACACCCUGGGAUUUGCGAUCGCU